AUGCUUUAUUUGAGGGGGAAAAACCUGCUUUCAGGUCACAGUAUGGUUACAAAUGUCUCUGUCCUUUCACGAGUUUUGUCCAUAUUUCUCUCAACCUCUUCUGAUCAAUCAAUCUUUUUCGAAACGGUUUUAUGUCUAUCUAGAAUGACCCGUUUCUAUUUCUCUUUCUUUGUCGUUCUUUUCUCUCUCUCUCUUUGUCUCUAUCGCUCGUUUUUUUCACUCUCUCUCUUUUUCUCUAUCGCUCGAUUUUUAUCCCUCCCUCGUUUUCUCUCUCACUCAUUUCUCUCUCUAUCGAUCCGUUCUCUUUCUUUCGUUUUCCCUAGUACUCAUUUCCCCCUCUCUCUCUUCUUCUCUAUCACUCAUUUUCUCUCUCUGUCUCUCUCUCUUUACUCAUUUCCCCCUCUCUCUCUUUUUCUUUAUCACUCAUUUUCUCUCUCUCUCUUUUCUCUAUCGCUCAUUUUCUCUCUCUCUCACUCUCUCUCUCGUUUUUCUAUCAAUCGUUUCUCUUUCUCUCGUUUUUCUAAUACUCAUUUCUCUCUCUCUCUUUUUCUCUAUCGCUCAUUUUCUCUCUCUCUUUUUCUCUAUCGCUCGAUUUUAUUCCCCCCCUCUUCUUCUCUAUCACUCAUUUCUCUCUCUUUCGUUUUCUCACUCGCUCAUUUUCUCUCUGUCUCUCUACUCAUUCCCCUCUCUCUUUUUCUCUGUCGCUCAUUUUCUCUCUCUUUCUCUAUCGUUCGUCUCUCUCUUUGUCUGUCAUUUUUACUCCUUGUCCUUCUCUGUCACUCUCUAUCUCCGUCUCUGAUAUCUAGCCAUCCUCGUCUUCUUAUAUCUAUUUCCGACUUCAUGCAAGCAUCUAUUCCCAUUUUUAUUGCUGGUAAUAUUUUUUUCUAUCUAUCUAUCUAUCUAUCUAUCUAUCUAUCUAUCUAUCUAUCUCAGUAUAUAUUGAUUUUUUUUAUUUUUGGUAAUAUUUUUCAUUUAUCUAUCUAUCUAUCUAUCUAUCUAUCUAUCUAUCUAUCUAUCUAUCUAUCUUGGUCUCUUCUUGUCCAUCUCUCUUUCUCUCUCUCUUUCUCUUGGUCUCUUCAUAUCUAUCUAUCUAUCUAUCUAUCUAUCUAUCUAUCUAUCUAUCUAUCUAUCUAUCUAUCUAUCUAUCUACAUCCACUGUAUCUUGGUUUCUUCAUGUCUAUCUGUCUCUCUUGGUCUCUUCAUAUCUAUCUAUCUAUCUAUCUAUCUAUCUAUCUAUCUAUCUAUCUAUCUAUCUAUCUAUCUCAGUAUAUAUUGGUUUAG